AUGCUACUCCCGACGCUGGUGACGUGCCUCGCCGGGUGCGCCUUUCUCCUCUCGCCGGUCAGCGAGGGCUGUGGACCGGGUCGAGGUUAUGGCAAGAGGCGGCCGCAGAGGAAGCUUGUGCCGCUCGCUUACAAGCAGUUCAGCCCCAACGUGGCCGAGAAGACUUUAGGGGCCAGCGGGAGAUACGAGGGGAAAAUAACGCGGAACUCUGAGCGCUUCAAGGAGCUCACCCCGAACUACAACCCCGACAUCAUCUUCAAGGAUGAGGAGAACACAGGUGCAGACCGCAUGAUGACACAGCGCUGCAAAGACAAGCUCAACUCUCUGGCCAUCUCGGUGAUGAACCUCUGGCCCGGGGUCCGCCUGCGGGUCACCGAGGGCUGGGACGAGGACGGCCACCACUCGGAGGAGUCGCUGCACUACGAGGGCCGAGCGGUGGACAUCACCACCUCGGACCGGGACAGGAACAAGUACGCCAUGCUGGCGCGGCUGGCCGUGGAGGCCGGGUUCGACUGGGUCUACUACGAGUCCAAGGCCCACAUACACUGCAGCGUCAAGUCAGACCACUCAGUGGCCGCCAAGUCUGGAGGUUGUUUCCCCGGCGAGGCUUUGGUCACGUUGGAGAGCGGCGGUCAGAAGCCCAUCAGUGAUCUGCAGCCUGGUGAACGGGUCCUGGCCUCGUCGGGCAGCGACGGCAGCGGUGAGCUGGUUUACAGCGAAGUCCUGACCUUCCUGGACCGUGACCCUGUGACCCGGAAACUUUUCUACACUCUGCAGACUGAAUCCAGGACGCAGCUGUCUCUCACCGCCGCCCAUCUAAUAUUUGUAUCUGAGGGGAACUGCUCAGAGGGGGCUGUGCCAGCCCCUGGCACCCUCAGGACUGUGUACGCAAGCGAUGCCAGGCCGGGGCAGUGUGUGCUGGUGUCAGAGGGAAAGCCGGGGCAGAAUCACAGAGAGGGACGUCUGUCUCGGAUCAUGCAGGUCACCCUGAGAGAGAAGAGGGGGGCGUUUGCUCCGCUGACCCAGCAGGGGACAGUGGUGGUGGACGGGGUGGUCGCAUCCUGCUACGCCCUGGUGGACCAACACUGUCUGGCUCACUGGGCCUUCUCCCCGCUCAGGCUCAUGCACAGCUGGGCCGGCACCACUGGACCACACGGUGAUGGGAUCCACUGGUUCUCUCAGCUUUUACACUGGCUUGGGAGGCUUCUGCUAGACUCUGGUCGCUUCCACCCGCUGGGCGUGGCCCAGGACGGCAGGUGAAGGAGGAAACAACAGGUUCAAACGGACAGAAAGGAACCUGAACUCCUUCACCUUGUGAGGGACAUGGACCCCAAAUACAAACCUGUAAAGCUUAACAGGAACCACGACCAACUACCUACAGGAUGGGAGAAGUUUGGGUUCCUGCUGAAGCAUGAUGGGGAAACAGAGGGGGGGGGGGGGGAGAAUCUGUGAACUGAUACAGAUGAAUUCCUCUAAAAUAACUCAGACAGAAAUAUAAGAAAAUGGGAUCACUCGGAGUCUGAAUGACC